AUGUAGCCCUACUGCCAGAAGAAUCUAUCGGUACAUACCGGCUGGCUCGUGUGUGUCGAUUGCUAUUGUAAUCUGGGCUCGUAUGCCCGUACAGAAAAUCUUCCUGGGAAUAGUAUUCCGAAUACGAGCAAGUAGUGCAAAUGUAAAUUUAAACAUGCAAUACUCGUCAAGCUCGUCCCCCCACUCUCCAUGUCGAUCAGUUUGCAGAAGUGUCUGAUGGCGCUUACGCUUCCUCCCAUUCCGGGGGGAUGGCUGACGGCAGCUCAUAUAACGAAGCUGCCGAUCACAGUAAACCCGUCGUUCAGUAACGUGCGGUUCAGUUUAUCAGACGGCUUGGGCUCGUGAGCCGCCUAGAACAGAUGGGGGGAUUUUUUAUUUUGUAAAUUGCAAAUGACCAGUGUUAUAGGGUCGUUUCGGUGAAGCUCUCAUUCCUUCGAGUGUUGUGUUAUUUGCGUUUGGGAAAGUUAGGCCGAAUCACGUGAUCUAGCAUCGUGACGCUCGACCACUGUUGUGACGCUCUGUUUUGCUGUAUGAAUUAUAAAAAAAAACAUCACUGUAAACUAUUGAACUGAUACAAAACGUUGUAAAAUAUAGUAAACGGGCCAGUGAAUUACGAUAGGCGUACGCGUUCACGCGUUUGUGUAUGUGAUUAGAAACCAGCGGGAGUGAGAUGUUUGACAGCGAGCUGAGCCACAAAACGGAAGCGAGUUGCAUGACGAUAUCGGAACUGAUAGAACACAAACAAAAGCAACGCAAUGACAAUGUGACCGAUGGGGAAGACGACUGCAGGGAAAAGUUUCCCUCGGUCGGCCCAAUGCUGACAUCGAAGCUGGAAGGCUUUUGCGACCGAAAGUUUCUACUGAAACGACUACCGAUACUGCAGUGGUUGCCCGAGUAUGAAGUCAACUAUCUUGUGGAGGACAUCGUGGCAGGACUUUCCGUGGGCUUAACCGUGAUACCGCAAGGAAUUGCCUUCGCCGUGAUGGCAAACCUGGAACCGCAGUACGGGCUGUAUUCGGCGUUUAUGGGCUGCUUCGUGUACUGUGUGUUUGGCAGCUGUAAGGAUCUUACCAUUGGUCCGACGGCCAUCAUGGCACUGAUGGUGCAGGUGUAUGUCGGCAGUCUUGGAGCUGACUUUGCCAUUUUGCUGACAUUCUUGACCGGUUGUAUUAUCCUGAUGUUUGGCCUGCUGAACUUAGGAUUUUUGGUGCAGUUCAUAUCGAUGCCUGUCACUGCCGGUUUCACGUCUGCCGCCGCCAUUACGAUUGCAAGCGGACAGGUAAAAUCGCUGCUGGGACUGCCAGGACGCUCGAACGAAUUUGUCGACUCGUGGGUCAACGUGUACCGACACAUCGGCGAAACGAAGGUGUGGGAUGCUGCACUGGGAGUGGUAACGAUAUGUGUGCUCUUAGUGCUGCGAAGCUUGCGAGGCAAGUGGUCCGGGGUAGGUAAGUAUCUUGCCCUCUCGCGAAAUGCGGUCGUCGUCAUUGGAGGUGCCGCAUUGGCAUAUUACUUUUCCACCGUGGGAAGCGCACCUUUCUCCUUGACCGGUGCGGUAACGCCGGGUCUACCACCAGUAGGACUACCCCCGUUCACGACGGUACUGCAGAACCAAACGCUCACAUUCAGUGAAAUGACAUUCAAGCUCGGCUCAUCGAUCAUAGCGCUUCCGCUGAUCGCAAUCCUGGAGACGAUCGCCAUCGUAAAAGCUUUCUCCAAGGGUAAAUCCAUCGAUGCAACACAGGAAUUGGUCGCUCUCGGUAUGUGCAACAUUUUCGGCUCGUUCGUAUCGUCCAUGCCGAUUACGGGCUCGUUCACCAGGACGGCGGUGAACAAUAACAGCGGUGUAAGGACACCGCUCGGUGGCCUAGCGACCGGCAUACUGGUGUUGCUAUCCCUAGGACUUUUUACCGACACGUUCUACUUCAUACCAAAGUCCGUGCUAGCCGCUGUAAUGAUAGCAGCAAUGUUUUUCAUGAUCGAGUUUCACGCCGCCGUAGAAAUUUGGCGCACGAAGAAGGUUGACAUCAUACCGUUCGUUGUGACGCUGGUGUCGUGUCUGCUGCUGGGGUUGGAGUACGGAAUGCUGAUCGGUAUCGCGCUGAACGUCUGCUUCGUGCUGUACAUGACGUCACGGCCCAGGAUUGAUCAGGCGCUGCUUCGCACGCGAUCCGGCGUUGAGGCCAUGGUCGUGAAACCGGAUCAGAGCCUUAUCUACUCGUCCAUCGAGUACCUGAAGCAUGAGGUAGUGAACAUUACGGAUAAGACUCAAGUGGCCACCGUGAUAAUCGAUGGUAGCAAUGUCAGCUACGUCGAUUCCACGGCCGCCAAAAUCUUUUCAACCCUCGUCGAAGAGUUGGCCCUCCGAGGGUGUACGGUACUGCUGUGGAACUGGAAUCGGUCUGUUAAGUGCACCAUGAUACGGUUGAACAGGGAGCAAUUUUACCCACUGUUUAAGCAUGGCGGUCUGGAGCGGCUAGACAAGGAGGUAUGUAGUGAAAGUGUACCGUAGUCGUCUACAGGUAGCCAGCUAGUUUGUAAGGACAUACCCAAAGAUGUAGAUAGACGAUUAGAGCGCACUGAUGCACUUGCCUAUGGCAAACACGAAUAAAACUGUAGACUGUUGAUUGAUUUUGUACCCUAUCCUUCAGCUGUAACACACAGGGGAAGAACUUCAUUGCAAGUGAUGAUACUCUUUUGAAAAUAGAUUAAAGCUUAUCGGUUACCAAAACGAAUGCUCCGGAGAGAUAUCUUCAGAUCGCCUAUACUUAAACUAUAGUAGACAACUGGGUUAAUCGCCAUGAUGGCCAUUGAACAGAUGUCCUUCUUAAGUAUGUCAUUGGUCCUGCAAUAAAAAUGAUAAGCUUCUGUGUGGUUCUGGUUCGUGAGCGAUCGUUGUGAUUCUCAGCGCAAACAUUGCAGGCGAAUUAUCGGCUUAAAACCGCAGAUAAACCGUACUUAUAAACGGAGCCCCGGUUAAAACGGUUCAAUAAAAGUCAGUGCUGAGUCGAGGAGUAUUGCACUAUUAUUUCGUUCCAACCGUCGCAAACACGGUAGGCGGUGUUUGCCGUUUUCUACCGGGUUUGAAAGGAAGACGCAAAAAAUUGAAAUUGUACAACAACAGUACGGUGCCAAAUUGUGUAAAUAGUGCCGUAAACACAUAGAACUCGGUUUGCUUGGUGUGAAUCUUAAAUUAGUGAAGUGGAAUGAUUUAAUGGUGAAUUGAACGAAGGUCUAAAUGUAGAAGGUAAUAAAGCUCGCUUUUAGUAACAAAAGAUAAACGAAGUUCUCCAGCUAGAAAUGCAAUCAACGCUCAAUAUGCCCCAGGAUAGCAAAUCAAACGGUAUGCCAAGCGUGGACAUGGUCUUCUCAUUGCAAUAUGAAAAAUUGAUGAUUCUGUGUUAAUAAUUUUACAGAUGACGAUAUAAGUGAAAGUUUUCCGCAUCUCGGCCAACUGCUGUCAACCUGUAGUCAUGGAUUUUUCACCCGUAAGCAAUUGUUCAAGCGGUUACCCGUACUCCAAUGGCUACCGGCGUACAAGUUGGAGUAUCUCGUGGAUGAUAUUGUGGCCGGACUUUCAGUCGCAUUGACGGUUAUACCUCAAGGUAUUGCUUAUGCCGCUAUUGCAAACCUAGAUCCCCAGUACGGGCUGUAUUCGUCGUUUAUGGGAUGCUUCGUGUACUUCAUUCUGGGCAGCUGUAAAGAUGUGACCAUUGGGCCAACGGCAAUAAUGGCUCUCAUGGUUCAAGCUCACGUAGGAAACACGGGAGUGGAGUUUGCCAUACUGUCCGCGUUCGUCACCGGCUGCAUGAUUCUUCUGCUCGGCGUACUUAACAUCGGAUUCCUCGUACAGUUCAUAUCGUUUCCAGUGACGGCUGGAUUCACGUCUGCCGCGGCAAUAACGAUCGCAAGCGGGCAGAUGAAAUCUCUGCUUGGCAUUCCGGGCCAAUCGAACGAAUUUUUAGACUCCUGGAUCAAUGUGUUCGAGCACUGGCGCGAUAUCCGACUGUGGGACUGUGUGCUGGGCGUGUCCACCAUCGUCGUUCUUCUAAUCCUGAUGCAAAUGAAGAACAUCAAAGGCAGCAACUGCUGGCGCAUCGUUGGGAGGUACAUCACCCUCUCCAGGAAUGCAAUAGCUGUGAUAAGUGGAUCGCUGUUGGCUUACGUUCUGAGCGAUGUAGGCAAUGUGCAACCGUUUCUACUCACUGGAAACGUGACUCCGGGAUUGCCACCCUUCCAACCACCACCGUUCACCACAACUCUGCACGGCCGAGCGUACAGUUUUUCGGAAAUGAUUGCUGAACUCGGCUCAUCCCUCAUAACGCUGCCACUAAUCGCCGUGCUGGAAUCGAUCGCUAUCGCGAAAGCGUUUUCGAAGGGCAAAGCUAUCGACGCAACGCAAGAAAUGAUUGCUCUCGGCAUCAGCAACAUUCUCGGUUCUUUUGUGUCGUCCAUGCCGGUAACAGGAUCGUUCACACGCUCGGCGGUGAACAAUAACAGUGGCGUUCGGACACAGCUCGGUGGCAUAACGACGGGUGUGGUAGUCCUGCUGGCCCUUGGAUUGCUCACCGAAUCGUUCUACUACAUCCCGAAAUCGACCCUAGCAGGAGUGAUCAUAGCGGCCAUGCUUUUCAUGGUGGAAUUUCAUGCCGCAGCCGAAAUUUGGCGCACGAAACGGGUGGACAUUAUUCCCAUGAUAAGUACGCUGAUCGCUUGCCUACUGCUCGGCCUGGAGUAUGGUAUGCUGGUCGGCAUUGGAAUUAACAUAUGUUUUGUGCUGUAUCAAAUAUCGCGCCCGAUUGUCAUUCCCCUUCAUUUGACAAUCGAAGGAAAGGACGUUCUAAUUCUUCAAGUCGACCAAGGUUUAGUGUAUUCGGCGGCCGAAUAUUUAAAACACUUCGUGCUCAAGCAAGCGACCAAACAGGCCGAUGCGAUUAUCGUUCUGGAUGGAUCGCACAUAAGUUCGGUUGAUACUACGGUAGCUAAGGUACUGGUCAAUAUGGUGCAGGAUAUGCGAGAUACUGACCGCAGGAUAGUGUUUUGGAAAUGGAACCGGUCAGCGCAAUGCACACUGCUCAGAAUGGAGAGAGAGUUGUUUCAGAACUUGUUUCGAAACGAAGAUAAACUAGAUGCAAUCAUCAAGGAAGGUUUUACACAUCAGCCAAUCACCGUUAAAGUUGAUGUGUAGGAAGAUCAAAGCUUACCGAAAGUGAUGAUAAUUUAGUUAACGAAAUUAUGGUAUUCAAAUUGUGACCUUCACAGCUCGUCAUUUUGAAGCCUGAAAUAAUCCAUAUUUAUUUUUUUUGUUGUUGUUCAAAAUUCAACUGGAUUAAUUUUGUCCAAGUUAAGCAAUAUAAAAACGUGAUUUUCUGGCCAUGUAAAGGCUCGCAUU